AUGAUUCUCCAAGUCGUGACCCGUGACCCACGAUAUGGACCAACCAAACCAUCCCGUACUCGCCGCUCCGCCUCCCCAGUUUGCUCCGAAUCCGACCCAUCGCAAGGAUGCUGUCUCUACAACCUGGAAAUCUCUUUCGAAAAAGUCGGAUGGGGAUGGGUUCUUGCUCCACACCGCUACAAUGCCUUCAUGUGCAAAGGAGACUGCAAGUUGAACGCUCACCACUUCCUCAGCGCCUCAUCACACUCAACUGUCAUGCGUGAGUUCAGUAAGAAAACCUACGAAAAAGAUCUCCGUCAUCUUGGAUUCUGCUGCCAUCCAGUCGACUUCGAUUACAUCCCAAUCGUCUAUAUGAAUCGCGAUGGAAACACAGUUGUAAAACGUAUCGAAGGAAUGGUUGCCCGCCGCUGUGCAUGUUCAUAG